AUCCCGUCCGAUGUGGCAAACUUGUCCAUGCUCUUUUUCUCCCGUCCCGUCCUUCCUCUUGUCUUCUCCAGACCCCACCCCAGUGCAAAUCUGCCCCUACGUGAAACGUUCCCCUCCUCUCCUCGCCCUCCUUGCGCAGGUUGAGGCCCGAGGUGUAGUGCAAGGUGGCGACCUCUCGGCGGCUUGGGUCGGAUUGUUUUCGGGAAGUUUGGUCUCCAGUGACCCGAGCACUGGAGAUGCCCUGUUUGGAGCAAAUUCCGAUGGCGACCGGCGAGACCGCCGUGGAUCGUCGCGAGGACCCCCGCGACAUGGAUUUGUCAGGGGAGGAGCACGUGCGGCCCAAGGCGCGGAAGCCGUACACGAUCACGAAGCGGCGGGAGAGGUGGACGGAGGAGGAGCACGGUCGGUUCCUCGAGGCCCUGCAGCUGCACGGUCGCGCCUGGCGCCGCAUACAAGAGCACAUCGGCACCAAGACUGCCGUGCAAAUCCGGAGCCACGCGCAGAAGUUCUUCACCAAGGUGGUCCGAGAAUCGUCGCCAGGAAGCAACGCCUCCGCGGGCGCCGCGCCGGCGAUCCAGAUCCCCCCGCCGCGCCCCAAGAGGAAGCCGGCACACCCUUACCCGCGCAAAGCGGACGGCGCGGCCAAGAAGCCCGCGCCGGAGCUCAAGCGGCUGGAGAAGACGUCCCUGCGCGACCGGGUCCGGGACGAAGGGUCGCCGACGUCGGUGCUUGCCUCGGCGCGCACGGCGUUACGAGCGGAGGUGUCGGGCAGCGUGGUCGCGAACAGCUCGAGCGCCAGCAGGUCGCCAGCCCUGUCUGACGCCGGUUCCAACGAGCGUGGCGACGGCGGCGGCUCGCUGGCCUCCUCGGUGGACCGGGAGGACGGCUGCGCAUCGCCAAGGACGAGAGCGCCAUGUACCAAGGUGCUCUGUGAUGCACACGAAGUGUCGCGUCUAGGAUCGGGAGCUCCAGUCGUGAAGCUGUUCGGAAACAAGGUCGUCGUGGUGAAAGUGAAAGACCUGGAAACGGACACUCCGCCUGCGAGCGUUGCCGAGGCAGCCAGAAACGGGAGCCCUACUAACGGUGCCGCAGGAGCGAGCUCGUGGAAACCGUGGCCGGAGCUCACGUGCCUCGUUCCCCGGCGGGACGGCUUCGCGGCGCAACCCAUCGUGAGCCCGCCGUGCGCGGUGUUCUACUACCCGCAGGCUUCGGCUCAGGAGCACCAGCAAGCUUCAGAGCCGCUGGAUCACAGACGCGCGCAGAGGGAAGGGUCGUCGCCGACAGGUUCGAGCGUGGCCUCCAGCGCCGCCGCGGAGUCCCGCCACGGUCCCGGGCAAGAGAACGCCAGCGACGGCUACGCGGCGCUACGGGCCGCAAUCCCGAGGCCGACCAAGCGCGCGAGCUCGGCUUCCUUCGGCGGGAGAGGGUUCGUGCCGUACAAGCGGUGCGCGGCCGAGAGCGAGGCGGCGCGGCCGGUGGCACUGGCACUGGCACCCGGAGAGGAGGCCGACGGCGACCUGACGAGGCUGUGCUUGUGACAAGAGCUGAAGGCUGCAAUGCACAUGCUCUCUGCUGAAACAGGUAACCCGCGGUUUCCCAGAAAUGGAUGAGCAACAAUGCUGGUUCUUUGCUGCUCGGUACAUACGCGUCGUAUAUAGGCAAAUCUGUACUCGUAUUCCGCGUUUGUUCACUGUGCGUUCGUGUAAUUUUUUCUCGAACUCGGGAGAUCCAGGGGCCUAUGGCAGACUGUGCUAACCUGGAUCUCAGAGAGAGUUGUGUGUUGUCAAUAGUCUGACCGACCGCAUGCAACAACAAAUCCAGAAAGGAACAUGGUGUUUUAUUCGUGAAACUCCAUGAAGCUAACAACAUAUAUUUCAUAUAAGGGACUAAUUGGCUUCUUUUGCCAUUUUUUUAUAGAAAAGAUGAGAAGAAAUUACAUGAUAAUUCAUAAUGAUUUUUCCCAAGUUGAUGAUAAAUCUUAUAAAUAAAAAAAGAGAUGGCUACUAAUGAAAGUAGUGGGAUGGCUAAAUUAUUUCUAAGCUGACUCCUGGGACAACAAUGAAAAAGUACUGAUGAUGAAUGCUGGCAUGAGUUCGGCAGUGGGAUUAGGGAUGACAAUGGGUACGGGUAAAUAACCGUGGAUAACUAUUCAUUGGAUAUGGGUAUGGUUGAAUUUAGUAUCCGCAGGUACGGUUAUGGAUAUAAUAAUGUAUCCGUGAUAUUUUUUUGGUGGGUAUGGAUAUCCAGUAUCCAUACCGUUAUCCAAUGUAUAUCUAACAUAGCCAUCCGGAUUUAAUGGUAUUAUCAUAAAUUCUCAUUUUUCAAUUUUUAUCCAUAACAUGUUGUUCGGUGCUGAAAUUAUCAUUUGAUGCUAAUGGAAUGAUAAUUAUUCGAAGUGUGAUAUAAUUGUUGUUCCCAUCGAACACAAACCCCCAGUCGUGUAGAAUUGAAUCGUUAUCGAGUCAACUAUGGCCCUAAGUUAAUCCACAACGAGGACAUGGUAUUAUGCAGUUUAUCUCCUCGCUAGGAAAAGGAAGCUAUCAUGGUCCCUUCUAUCUCAUCUAUCCUACGACUUUACUGAACAAUAUGCAGGCAGACACUGAGACAAAAGAACUACUGGCUACUCCUGUACAUCUUCCUUAUCGAGAUUACGCUGCCAGGUAUUCCACGCUGUCGUACUUCGCGAAUACCCUGCUCUCAUUCCGCUCCCACCAUUUCUGUGCCUCGGCCUCCCCGAAAUGCUUCCGGCUGCGAGACCAACAUGAGCAAGCUACCAUAUCAACUAUUCAGUCUCUAAGCCUAACAAUACAAUGACGACAGGAAGGUACAGUACAGUACAGUAGAGGAUCUGAGGAGCUCCUCACCUGAACCGGAUGCGCUUGAUUCCCUUCUUACCGCUGGGGGACGUAACGACUGUAAUGUACACACCACGCUCAAUUUGCUCGAUGACCCCGUUGGAGUCAGUAGGAGCAGCUGUGCUAUCUGUUCCCCCAUCGUCGUAGUAGCCUCUGCUGCUACUGGAGGCUCUAGAUCUGCCGUUCUGAUGCGCAGCUGAGUCAUCCACCGCGACGGUGUUGGAAGACGCUGUGGAUCGCGUAUCCAAAACUUCCUCUGCCUCUGCGUUGUGUUGAUCCCUGAUGCUGUUUAGCGGUGGGGUUUUGCAGGUGGCAAGAGCUUUGUCGGGUGGGUUAGGCACGAUACUGGAACCAUCUAGUUCCAGACCAUCUAAAAGUUUGUUUGACAAAGCGUUCCUCUGCACAAAGUUUUGCAGAAGACAACUUAUUUGACAUCAGAGAGAAAAAAGUUAUAAAAUGUUGAAUUUGUUAUUGGGUCAGACUUAUACCUGAUUCGUUAAAACCUUUAUAAUCUCUUCUGCAGCUUCGCACUUCGUGGCCUCGUCCCUCACUAUCAACCAGGUUUCCUCAAGUUUCCGUUUGUACAACCGAACUUUCAGGCUCCUGUGCCGGCAUUCUUCUGCUAGCGUGGUUACCUGCU